UCUGCUCAGCGCCUGUGAGCCAAUAAGAGCCCUGCAUGAGUGAGCCUCCUCUCACCACUAAACGCUAACACAUGGACGACCUCUUCUGGGGGGAAACAGCAGCUGUAAUUCUAAACCUGCGUGGACAAACACCUUUCCUCAUGCAGAUCAAGAGUCUGGAUUCAUUCAGUACCAAAUCUGAUUUCAUAUGAUGCAUCAUGAAGCCGUGAAAAAUCACUCCGAUGUAAAAUUUACCCCAAGACUCAUCAUGAUCAGCUGCACCAACCGAAAACAGCGAAUCAAGAGAUGAAAUCCACUCAGUCCUCUGCUAAGUUGACAAGUUUUCCCAUGCAAUCAUUGUGUAACAGCAAAAGUGCACCGAGCAUCAAUCCUCCUCCUCCUCCUCAUCUCCCUCCUCCUCCUCCUCACCGGUGGGUGUGCAUCUAGAAACUUCCCUCUCGGUUUUUAACUUCUGAAGUUCCAAGCAGUUUUCAUUCUGACAGUCAGCUCAGGUCACCGGGAACAAGAUGACAACAUACCAAGACAAAGGCGAGAAGCACGAGCAGGGCAGGUUCCUCUGCUUUGAUCACCUAACGUUCUGGGUUGGAAAUGCAAAACAGGCUGCAUCAUAUUACUGUAACAAGCUGGGAUUUGAGCCUUUGGCUUAUCAGGGCCUGGAGACGGGCAGUCGGGAAAUGGUGUCCCACGCAGUCAAGCAGGGAAAGGUGAGCCUGGGAGAACAGCACCAAUCAAUCAAUCAGUCAACCAAUCAGAAUAUCAGUAAUCACAUCAGAAAAGUUUGUUUAGUGCAAAGACGAGAGAUCAUUUAUGUGUUCUCAUCCGCCCUCAACCCUGGAAACAAAGAGAUGGGGGAUCAUUUGGUCAAGCACGGGGACGGCGUGAAGGAUGUUGCCUUCACAGUGCGGGACUGUGACUUCCUCGUGCAGAAAGCCCGGGAGCGAGGUGCAGUAGUCCUGAAGGAGCCCCACAGCCUGGAGGACGAGCACGGUGAAGUCAGGCUGGCUGUGCUUCAGACGUAUGGCGACACCACACACACGCUCGUGGAGAGGACCGGAUACAGCGGCUUGUUCCUGCCAGGCUUCCAUCCCCCGCUGUUCAAAGACCCCUCGUUAGCCAAACUACCAAGUGGAAACCUGAGCUUCAUUGAUCACGUUGUGGGAAACCAGCCGGACAAUGAGAUGGUUCCUGUGGUGGACUGGUAUCAAAGAAAUCUUCUCUUUCACCGCUUCUGGUCAGUGGAUGACAAGCAGCUUCAGACGGAGUUCAGUGCCCUGCGCUCCAUCGUCGUGGCGAACUACGAGGAGACCGUGAAGAUGCCCAUCAACGAGCCUGCCAUGGGGAAGAGAAAGUCUCAGAUCCAGGAGUAUGUGGAGUACUACGGAGGUCCAGGAGUGCAGCAUAUAGCCAUGAACACACCGGAUAUCAUCACUGCAAUUCGUAACCUGAAGGAGCGUGGGAUGGAGUUCAUGUCCGUGCCUGACACCUACUACGACCAGCUGAGGGAGAAGCUGAAACACUCAAAGGUCAAAAUCUUAGAGGACCUGGACAUCCUGCAGGAGCUAAGGAUCUUGGUGGACUACGACGACAAUGGCUAUUUACUUCAGAUCUUCACCAAACCAGUCCAGGAUCGGCCCACUGUGUUCUUGGAGGUCAUUCAGAGAAACAACCACCAGGGCUUUGGUGCAGGAAACUUCAAGUCUCUUUUUGAAGCCAUUGAAGCAGAUCAGCACGCUCGAGGAAACCUGACUGUCCUGACAUCAAAUGGAGUCUCAGAGAACAUGUGAUCCCAGACCUCAAUAAGUCUCAGUUUACUACAAAAACACACUUAACUUAAGAGCAUUAUAUUCUACAUCGGUACUCUGAUAAUAAGAAUUCACAAAGCAUGUUUAUUAAAGCUGUGAUUCUUUUCAUUUUUUUACUUGCAUGUUUUAUUACAUUUAUUUUAUAAGUAUGUGUUUAAAGGUACUUCAUGUUAUCAAGAAGAGUACAUCCCAACUUAACAUUCACAAGGCAACACUUUCUCUUUACAAAAUGUCAACAGGUGAAACUGAUAUCACUGAAACAAGCUUGACUCAAGCAAAAGACCAUUUAAGCUCUCGUGAAUGAAAACAUUUAACUGUACACGUUCAUCUGGACGAUUGUAACCGAGGGGCUUCACGAAUCCACGGGGAAAGAGAUUCACUGGAUACUGGAUGUUUUGUAAUGUGGCUUUUGUUUUGUUUUAAGCAGACCAAGUGUUGGGUCCAUUUUAUUAAAUCAUUAUUCACUGAGCAGCACCGCCA